AUGACUGCUUCUAACGCUGACAAGAUCGCUGCUACUGAAAACACUUCUCCCAACACUAAAGCUUGUGAGCUGCUCUCUGCCGAGUUUGGCGAAGCUGCCUACGAGUGUGCUGAUGCUUAUUAUUAUUAUGGAAAAGCUCUUCUCGAGAUGGCAAGAGCUGAAUCCGGUGUUUUUGGGAACGCGUUGGACGGAGUUCCUGAUGGUGAGGACAGUGAUAACUCCCAGGUUGAAGAUCCUGAGAAGAUGACAGAGGAGGAACGUGAAGAUGUAGAGAAGAAGGUUGGUGAGGCCCUUGACGAGAACUUUACCGUCCUUGAGGAGAAGAAAGAGAAGCGGGAGCUCAUGAACGGGGAUGGGGAGGAGACAGAAGAGGAGGAAGAGGAGGUAGAGAAGGAAGAGAAGGAAGGUGAAACCAAGGAGAAGGAAGGUGAAUCCAAUGAGAAGGAAGGAGAGAGCAAGGAAGGAGCUGAGAGUGAGGUAGCGAAGGAGGGUGCGGAGAAGGAGAAGGAGGGAGAGGAAGAGGUGGGAGGGGCUGAAGCUGAAACCAAGGAAGGGGAAGAUCAGAAAGCACAGGAGGCUGAGGAUGAAGAGGAUCCAAGCAACCUCCAGCUCUCCUGGGAGAUGCUUGAGCUCGCUAAGGUUGCCUACAACAACAAGUUGGCAGAGGCUAAGGAGGACGAGAAGAAGGUGAUCGAGACCAAGAUCUGUGAGACCCUUCUCCUGCUUGGAGAGGUUAGCUUGGAGAGUGAGAAUUAUGAACAGGCUGUGGCUGAUAUUGCUGAUUGUCUAGCUAAGCGUAAGGUUCUUCAUGCUGGAGAUUCUAGGCGGAUUGCGGAGACAAAUUAUCAUCUUGGUGUUGCACUUGGACACUUUGAGAAGUUUGACGAGGCUGUUGAAGCUCUGGAGGAUGCCAUCAAGAUCAUCCAGCUCAGGAUGGAGAACUUGAAGAACAAAACUGAAUCUAAGGACGAAUCCCGGGCCGACGAUGCGUUCUACACCCGCGAGUCCGAAAUCUCCGAACUUGAAUCCUUGAUCCCCGAAAUCCGGGAAAAGAUUCAAGACACCAAGGACAUGAAGGAACAGGCUGCCAAGCAGGACACUGAAGAGGUUGGGUUUGGCUCUAUAUCCGCCGUCGGAUCCUCUGCCUCGCCUAAGCCCAUCUCUGCCAUCUCGGUAAAGCGCAAGGCGGAAAACGGUGACUCUGCCAGUCCGAAGAAAACCAAGAAUUAGAUGUUUUAUGAAUUACGAUUUUAUCUUAUUAAUUGGACAAAGUACCUGUGAAGCUUUUAAAAAUAAAACCAUUUAUGUAUCUUA